AAAAAAAGAUUAUCAAAACUUGAAAUAUCCAAAUUAACUAUUGAAAGUCCUUUAAAUGAAAUAAUUAUUGGAUUAUUACUAGGAGAUGGACAUAUUCAAAAAAGAUCUUUAAAAGUUAAUUCUAGAUUUAUGUAUGGUCAAAGUAGUUUAAGAAUACAACAUAUUAACUAUUUUAACCACGUAUUAGAAUUAUUUAAACCCUACUUAUCUAAAGAUUUUGAACUUAAAACAAAAUCAUUUGUAGAUAAGAGCACUAAAAAUAGUUAUAGUUCAGUUAAUUUUGCUACAUUAUCAUUGCCAUGUUUUAAUUAUUACAAAAAUCUUUUUUAUAACUCAGAUAAUUUGAAAAUAGUUACUUCAAAUAUACAAGAUUUACUUACUCCAUCCCGAGGCCGCGAGGCAGCCGCACUUUUUUAUUGGAUUAUGGAUGAUGGUUCUCUUCAAAAUAAAGGUUUACAUUUAAAUACUUAUGGUUUUACCAACCAAGCCCCUCCCCCCCCUGGCUUGCCGCUAGGCGCGAUGGAGAAGGGUUCCUUAGAAAAUAGCUGGUUGUUUGGAGAAAAUACCUUGAAAUGUUCAAUACAUAAACAUAAAAAAGGAGAAAGAAUUUAUAUAUGGGGAGAAAGCAUGGAUGUGAUAAGACACAACAUAUCUAAGUUUAUGCAUAAAAAUAUGCUUUACAAAAUAAACUAUGAUAAAUUUAAAUAA